AUGGUGGCUCUAGUCGCGGGAAAAUUGUUGAUACUUUACCUGACCUCCACCACGAGAUCCAUUGGGGCCCUGCUGGUGCAAGAAGUAGAUGGAACAGAACACCCAGUCUACUACAUCAGUAGGAAGUGUGAUCCAAUAAGGUAUCUCCUGUCACGCCCUGCACUCAUGGGCUGGGUCGCCCAAUGGUUAUUGGCACUAGCAGAAUUCGAAAUUUCAUGUGCCACAUCGAAAGCAAUUAAGUGCCAAGCCCUAGCGGACCUUUUAGCCCAGUUUCCAAGCGGCCAGUGCGAACCACUCAAAGAGUCUUUGCCUAGAGAUGGUUUCGAAGCUCUCGCAGCCAACGCGGAUGACCCGCACUGGAUGCUCAGCUUCGAUGGGGCCGUGGGAAAUGGAUCAAGAGGCACGAGAAUAGUAUUACAGAGCGAAAAAGGAGAGAAAUUCCAUUUAGCCUACAAACUGAGCUUCCCUUGCUCUAACAAUGAGGCAGAAUAUGAGGUGUUGAUUUUGGAUCUAGUAGCAGCAAAAGAAAGAGGGAUCAAACAUCUGAAGAUAGUGGGAGAUUCAAAGUUAGUGAUUCUGCAGACAGAAGGGUUUACGCGUUGA